AUGGAUUCUGGGUUUAUCCGCGACAACGUCCCUGUCAUUGCAUCGAUCGCUGUACUAGUAUACGUUCUGUCGGUCGUAUACCGAUCACAGAAAAGCCGACUCAGUUAUAUACCUGGUCCAUGGUAUACUAAGUUCACCGACCUCCCUCUCCGGUACAAAGUCGUCACCGGCCAGCGGCCGCGAUAUGUCCACGCCCUGCACGAGAAAUAUGGUUCGUACGGCGCACGCGAAAUCCAUCGCAUCGGAAGCGGUUUCUUAAAAUCGCCAUGGUAUACUCUCUUGAACCGGAAAGACACUCAGAGUAUAUUCACCACCACUGAUCCGAAGUUCCAUAAUGCCCAUCGUCGACUGCUUUCGUCCCCUAUGUCUGAACUAUCACUCAAAUCGAUGGAGCCAUUGAUUGAAUCUCGAGUUCGCCUUACUAUCCAGAAGAUGCAAGAAGAGAUGAAGGCGCGUGGGGUUGCCGACGUCUAUAAGUGGUGGUUUUUCAUGGCCACAGAUAUCAUUGGAGAGCUGACCUUUGGGGAUUCCUUCCACAUGUUGGAACAGGGAAAGAAAAACCAGUAUGCGAAAGAUAUCGAGAUGGUUUCGGUUAUUGGAGGUAUCCGCGCAAGUUUCCCAAUCCUCGUCAAGCUGGCAACAUUACUACCCCUUCCUAUCUUCAACGAAGUGAAUGCAAGUGGAAACCGGGUGUUCGGAUAUGCGACAGAAUCGAUCAACCGGUAUAAACGCCUCUUGGCUGAGAACCCGGACAACCCGAAGCCGACGGUCUUUACUAAACUGUACAACGCGGGCGAAGAGGGUCUCCCUGACAAUGAAAUCCGAGACGAUGCGCAAAGCUUUAUCGUGGCCGGCAGUGAUACGACUGCUAACACUCUGACCUAUCUCGUCUGGGCUGCUUGCCGGGACCCGCAGAUCAGACAGAAGUUAGUCGACGAGAUGGCGGAGGUUCCAGAUGGCUUUACGGACGAUGACCUGCGGCAGUUGCCCUACUUAAACCAGGUGAUUAAUGAGGCUCUGCGUCUCUAUCCUGCCGUCCCUUCGGCUUUGCCUCGCAGCGUGCCAUCGAAGGGAACAACACUGGGAGGCUACUGGCUCCCCGGGGGCUCCACUGUCGGUACACAACUGUACAGUUUGCAUCGCGACCCGAUCGCUUUUCCGAACCCGGAGAGAUUCGAACCAUCCCGGUGGGCCUCGCCUACGAAGGAAAUGAAAGAUGCGUUCAUGCCGUUCGGGGCUGGAUCUCGCAACUGUAUUGGACUACACCUCGCUAAGAUCGAGUUGCGACUGGCCACCGGUUACUUCUUCCGCUACUUCCCCAAUGCACGGCUAUCUAGCAAGUUUGAUUUCAACGACAACGACAUGGAACAGAUGCUGUUCUUCCUGAUGUCGCCGAAGGGCAAGCGAUGCCUCUUAGAGGUGUGA